AUGCUCUACACUGGCGCGAUGGACAAGGGUCAGAUGCACGGCAAGGGCAGUCUUGUCUACCAAAACAACGAAAAGUACGAGGGGGACUUUGAGCACGGCAAGCGGCACGGGUACGGCGUGUACUCUUACUCCGACGGAGGACGGUUCGAGGGCGAGUGGGUGGAUGAUCGUGUGCACGGCCGUGGAGUCUCCAUCUACGCGUCUGGCAACCGGUACGAGGGCGAGUGGGUCGACGGCCGGAUCAGCGGGCAAGGGCGCGCAAACAUCGCCCCUCCGCGCCACCGCACGCCCCCUCCCUCUCCACCGCCUCCGCCUCCGCAGCGCGGCGAGUGGCGAGACGGAAAGAUGCACGGCCAGGGCACCUACACGUAUGCGGACGGCGACCGGUACGAAGGCGGCGGCGUCGCCGAGAAGCGCCGCCGCGCAGUGCGGGGCCUGUCGCCUCGCGCGCGCGCCUUUGACGCCGUAGCCGUCUCUGCGCGUAGGUACGAGGGGGAUUGGGCGGAGGGGAGGAUGCAAGGGUACGGAAAGUACUUCUACGCCGACGGGGGCGCAUACGAGGGCGAGUGGGCGGAUGGCAAGAUGCACGGCAGGUGCUUCCUCCCCUCCUCCACCCCUCCCCGCCUCUCCUCCCCGCCUCUCCUCCCCGCUUCCUCCCCUCCCCCCCCUCCCCUCCCCCUCCCCUCCCCGCCUCCCUUCCUGCCGUAUUGGGCCGAGGACAAGGCGCACGGGAAGGGCACGCUCACAUACCUGCAGGGCGACAAGUAUGUGGGCGACUGGUCCGCCGGCAAGAAGGCGGGACAGGGCGAGCUGUACUAUGCCAACGGCGACAUGUUCCGAGGCGAGUGGGCGUCCGACCGGGCGAGUGGCUUCGGGGUGUUGCUCUAUGCGAACAACAACCGAUACGAGGGCGCCAGGACGGGCGACGAGGGCGACCCACCGCCCCGCCCUCUUCCCACCCCCCUCCCCCCCCCCCCCUGCGCGAGUAGGCGCGAGGGCAAGGGCACGCUCUACUUUGCAAACGGCGACACCUUCAGCGGCUUCUGGUCCGCCGGAGUCAUCUCGGGGCCGGGCCAGCUGACGCUGCACGCAGAGUCGCCGUGGAACUCGCCCGGUCUGUGACACGGAGUUAAUUGCGUUUGUUCAGCGUGUUGAGAGAGGAGCGGGGCGACAGUGCCGACAGUCGUGCAGGGCGCUGCCGCGCUUGCCGCUGGCGAGAUUCGUUCUCAAUGAGACACGGAUGUUGCGGCCUGCCUCGGUCGGAAGAUUCUUGUGUGUGUG